CUCACUGGCUGCAGAGAACAAAACGGAGUGUGAAAUGCGUCAGCUGUCAAAGCACACAAAUACCUAUUGUUACCCUUCUUAUCAUUUUUGUAAUUAAUUUACAUUGAACGUAGUGCUGCUGAACAUGUUUACGGCGAUAAAGUAGUGUUUACGUUCCUGUAUCGGCUGUAAACGGUAAAUACCCUCGCGCUCAUGACCAGCUCUUUAUAGAGGAGCAAACAUGUUGCUAGUUCACACGUGUUUAUUUGUGUUAUUUGCACUUUUUAUUGAUAAUUGUGCGUCUCGGUCUGUCGAGGAAAUCGACGAACAUUUCCUCCUACACCCAAAGUACACAAGAUACGAUGAUUUGUUGAAGUUAACCAGUGAAUUAGAAUCGACUUACCCGGACCUGAUCAAAUCGUAUUCUAUUGGGAAGUCGGUGCAAGGACGGCAACUGUUGGUUCUGCAAAUAAGCGAGGAUGUGAAAACGCCGCAUUAUGAACGGCCGUCGUUUAAAUACGUGGCUAAUAUGCAUGGAGAUGAGUCUGUGGGGAGACAGCUGAUGGUGUACCUGGCGCAGUACCUGUUGGCUAACUAUGGGAAGGACGACAGAGUGACGAAGCUUCUAAACACGACUGACAUUCACUUGAUGCCGUCAUUGAACCCUGAUGGCUUUGAAAGCAGUGAGGAGAGUAACUGCGAAUCCCUAAAAGAAUAUAAGGGCCGAAACAACGCGAAGGGGGUAGAUCUAAACAGGGAUUUUCCAGACCAGUUUGAUAAGCAUAAAUCCAAUGAUGAUGAGUACAUGUUCGGGGGUCGCCAGCCUGAGACCGUGGCGUUAAUGCGAUGGGUGACCAGCAAGCAGUUCGUGUUGUCAGGGAACCUGCAUGGUGGAGCUGUUGUUGCCAGUUAUCCUUACGAUGACUCCAGUACGGGCAAAGAAUGCUGUGAAGAAAGUCGUUCGCCCGACGAUUCUUUAUUCAAACACUUGGCCAGUGUGUACGCAUCACGCAACGCAGAGAUGAGGGCGGGAGACACGUGUCCUCCUGAACAUUUUGAUGGCGGACUCACUAAUGGAGCGCAUUGGUAUUCAGUACAAGGUGGCAUGCAAGACUUUAACUACGUGCAUUCAAACUGCUUCGAGGUGACCUUCGAGCUCUCCUGCUGCAAGUACCCCCCUGCAGCAGAAAUGCCCAAGUACUGGGAACUGAAUAAAGACUCUCUCCUGUCCUUCAUAGAACAAACACAUUUAGGUGUCACUGGAAUUGUGGUCGAUGAAGCUGGAGAACCGGUCAAGAACGCCCAGAUCAAAAUAGAAGGCAACGAUCACGCGGUGCGCACUACAGAACACGGCUACUAUUGGCGCAUGCUGCUACCUGGACAAUACAACAUCACUGUUGUUGCCUCUGGGUACUCCAUUCCCCCAUACACAACGAUUACCAUCCCAGAAGACCAGUCGUCUCCAAUCUCUUUGAACAUGACCGUCCACCGGCACCCUCGCUCCCUGACGGCGGUUCAUACAAGGCGCGCGCGUCACGAACUGGAUGGUAUUUCCCCCGUAGACUUCGCUCACCACAAUUAUUUGAAGAUGGAGAGCUUCCUCAAGGAACUGAAUGAACAGUACCCUCGUAUCACUAAGCUGAGCAGCAUCGGCAAGUCUGUGGAGGGCAGGGAGCUCUAUGUGAUCGAAGUUACUCAAGACCCUGGAGUGCAUAAGCCUGGCAAGCCCGAAUUUAAAUACGUAGCGAAUAUGCACGGUAACGAGGUCGUAGGCAGGGAGCUCCUCCUGCUCCUAGCCAAGUACCUGUGCCAGGAGUAUGUGAGCGGCAACGAGAGGAUACAGAAGAUGCUCAACACUACCAGGAUCCAUCUUCUCCCAAGCAUGAACCCCGACGGCUAUGAGAAGGCGAGAAUUGGAGAUUACAGCAGCCUCCGCGGCAGAAGUAACGCCCAUGAUGUGGACUUGAACAGGAACUUUCCGGAUCAAUUCGGUGACACAUCAGACAACAAGAUCCCUGAGCCAGAAACCCUGGCUGUCAUGAACUGGUCUCUGUCUGAACCAUUCGUCCUGUCUGCCAAUCUUCACGGAGGAGCCUUAGUCGCCAAUUAUCCUUAUGAUGGCAACCCUGAUAUGCAAAGCGGGUUUGAAUAUUUGACUCCGGACAAUCCUGUGUUCUUACAUCUGGCUCAUACUUAUUCUGACGCUCAUCAUAAAAUGCAUUUGGGACAGCCCUGCAAGAAUCUACCCAGCGAAAAGUUCCCUCAAGGCAUUACUAAUGGUGCUAAAUGGUACGUACUAGCAGGCGGUAUGCAAGAUUGGAACUACAUACAUACAAAUGAUAUGGAAAUCACUUUGGAACUCGGUUGCUUUAAGUUCCCACCAGAGGAGGACCUGCCUACCUACUGGGAGGAUAACAAGGAGGCUUUGCUCAAAUUUAUUGAACAGGUGCAUACAGGAGUAAACGGCUUCGUCCAUAGUCACAUUGGCCACCCACUCGCGAACACCACUAUCAAAGUGGAAGGAAUUACUCACGCCGUCAAAACAGCCAAGGAUGGUGAUUACUGGCGACUGUUGGAACCUGGCACUUAUAACAUCACUGCUGUUAAAAAAGGCUAUGAAAGUGUGACUGAACAAGUGACAGUACCCGAAACAGGUUCGAUCAGCGUCAACUUCACUCUAAUGGCAGACGACCCUCAACAUUGGUCAUCCGCCUACGACUUCCGUGUCUUGGACAACAUAAUAAAUACUCGAUACCACACGCGGCUCGAGAUGUAUGCUGCGCUGUCCGAGCUGGAGAACCGGUUCCCAAGCAUCGCUGAGUUCAGGGCUGGAGACAGCAUGCUUACCUCCACCUUCCACCAGCUCAAGAUGACUGAUGAUGUCGGCUCGCCAGAAGAGACAAAAUUCCACAUAGCCAUAAUGAGCAGUUUCUACGGCUCCCAGCCUUUAGGCCAGGAGAUGUUACUGAACUUCGCUCGCCACAUAGGCACAGCCUACAUGAUUGGAGAACCAGUGCACAAACGCCUCCUCCAGAACGCAGUCCUGCAUUUCAUUCCAAACGUAGACUCAUUAUCCGACAAAAUUAUCAAGCAAUACGACGAAACUGACAAAUGUGAUAUCGAAGCCCUAGAAGAAGAAUUCGGAGACAGUCUAUACGCCUACCUGACAAAGAAAGACAUGAAUCCUCUCUCGAAUUACAGCAGAGAAAUCUCCUUCGUCAACAUGCUAGAAAGUGAGAAAUACGAUGUCAUUCUAGAACUUGCAUCAGGUUCUGAAGACGUGAAAUAUCCUGAGUUAUCGAAGAAUUUGUUCGAGAAGUUUGCUAAGACUUACCAGGAUAGCAGAGUUAGUGAGGAUCGGUACCAGUGUAAGGGUGCCGGUGUGAAACACGAAGAUUUGAUAGAUGUGCUGUGUGAACGGUAUAAUACGCCUGUGAUAUCUGCGGGGCUGAGUUGCUGCAAGAUGCCGAAAGAUGCAGACAUUGCGUGGGUUUGGCGAAGCAAUCUCAGAGGGAUCAUGAAGUUUGCUGAACUAGCUAAUACUGGUGUGGUGGGCUAUAUAAAGAACGAGGAAGGAGUUCCAAUGCGCGACGCUAUCGUGGCGGUGACGGGCGUUGAAAGACAGUACCGAGUCACCCGCAAUCUGGCGCACUACCGCAUAAUGUUGCCGCCUGGAGUCUACCGCGUUAUUAUCCGGUGUCAUAACUAUCAAGAUCAGAUGUUAGUAUGGUCGGUAGUGGAAGGCGUACUCAAGAGUAAGGACAUAAUAAUGCGUCGCGUGGACUCCGACACUAUACCCGGGGGACAGUUCGCCGAGGUCAAGGUUGAUGACAACCCUAACGUCGUGUAUGUUACUGGUUUAACUCUAGACCACAACAGCUUGCCCCUACCAUCGGUCUCAGUGAAUAUUCGACCACUAGGCGCCAAGUCGCCUAUAGCUAAGAACGAGAGUGACUCGUCAGGGCGGUACGUCCUCGCUCUUCCACUAGACUAUAAAGCUAAGGAGGUCGUCGCUAGCGCGUCUGUCGACGGAUACAUUACGAAACAGAAGCAUAUUGUGAUAAACGGCAAAGAGAAUUUGACUCCGAAUAUACUUUUCAAACUGGAGAGCGACGACUACGUGCUGGGCAUGCCGCGACUCGUGUUCGUCAUGUUGGCAGGCGUAAUUGGCGUGGCUGUAGUGACAGUGUCGGCGUGGUGCUUCAGUUGUCGCGAGCGCGCCAAGGACACGCGUCGUCAGUACAUGUUCACUCAGAUACCCAGCGACGAUAAACGACCGCUCUGUGAUGACGCCAGUGGCUAUGACAUAGUCCGCAAACCCUACUUCGAUGAAGAGGACUUGCCGCCUUCAGAGACGGAUUCGGAAGAAGAAAUAGUACUACUCAGGUCAGACAGGGAUUGGAAACAGGGGGACCAGGAAUAAAGAGUAUAAAUCCAGAAAUAUACACUUC